AUGUUAAUUUGGUUAUCUGUUCCUCCUCAUCCAUUAUAUCAAGGAGGACUUGAUAAAGAUUGUCAUUUAUUUGAUAUUUGGAAAGAAAGAUUAAAUAAUUUAAUACCUUUAGAUUAUUAUUGGAUAAAACAUCAGAAUCGAGAUCAAUAUUGGCGUCAUGGAAGUAUAUGUGAAGAUUAUUCGAAGAUUUCAUGUCCAGUUUUAUUAAUUGGGGGAUUUGCGGAUCUUUAUAAUUCAGCGAUUUUUCGUUUAAUUAAUCAGUUAGAAUGUCCAAAACGAGCUAUUUUAGGUCCAUGGGGACAUCAAUGGCCAGAUGAUGCGUAUCCUGGACCACAAAUUGGAUUUUUACAAGAACUAGUUCAAUGGCUUGAUUAUUAUAUAAAAGGUAUUGAUAAUGGUUAUGGUAACAAACAAAUUCUAUCAGUAUUUCAAUUACAUCCAAAUAUUGAUGAACUUCAUUCAAUUGUAAAAGACAGAAAAGGAAAAUGGAUACAUUUUAAUUCACUUCCAUCAUAUCCAUAUGAACAUUUUCAAAGAAAUGAUCAUUUAAUUAAUAAAAAUCAACAAAUUGAUACAAAACAAAUUAAAUAUUAUUUAUCUUUUCAACGUUUAACAACUGAAUUUAAUUUAAAUGAUUUAAAUCCUAAAAAAAUUUCAUUCUUAUCUCCUCAAGAGACAAGUUUAUCAAGUGGAAAUUUACUUGGAUGGGGAAAUAUUAACAGUCCUGAUCAUCCAAUCGAUCAACGAGAAGAUGAUGGAAGAUCAUUAUGUUUUGAGUCUCUUCCAUUAAAUCAUGAUUAUGAAUUAUUUGGAUUUCCAACUGUUAAACUUAAUUUAAGUUCGAAUAGUCAAAAUGGUUUAAUAUAUGUUCGUCUCUGUAUGAUUGAGGAAAAAAGUUCAUCUUCAAUUCUUAUUUCACGUGGAAUUCUUAAUUUAACACAUUAUAAAUCACAUGAACAUCCUCAACCACUAAAUAUUGAUGAAAUUUACAAUGUUGAAGUAACAUUAUCUGGUGUUUGUGUAUGUUUACCAACUGGUUGUCGUCUUCGUUUAUCUUUAUCAACAUCAUAUUGGCCAAUUGUAUGGCCUUCAUCACAAUUAUCAACAUUGACAAUUCAUUUUAAUGAAAUAUCACCAUGUAUUCUUACAUUAACUUGUUUAAAUGAUCAAUAUUUGACAAGCGAUGAUUUUGGUUUUCCGGAAAUUUGUCAAGGAAUUCCAAUAAAAUAUUUACGAGAUAGUUCAAUUACUCGUUUUAGAAUAUUAGAUGAAAUUAAUGAAUUAAUAACAUUAAAAAUCAAUGAAGAUAAUGGUUCUAUUGAACAUCCUGAUGGUUUAAUAUGGGAUGAAACAUUAGAAAGUAUUUAUGAAAUUAAAAAAAAUGAUCCUCAAUCAGCAAGAAUAGAAAUCAAAAGAUAUUUAAAAUAUUAUUUUCAAGAUCAAUCAUCAAUUAAAGUCGACAUAGAAACAAAAUCCAUUAUGUUUAGUCAACAAUCACCAUCAACAUUUCAAAUAAUACAUCAAUUAAAUGUCCAUAAUAAGGAUCAAUUAUUUUUUAAAAAUGAUUGGAAUUUAACAUUUCCUAGAUUUUGUAACUAG